AUGCGACAUCGUGCACAAAACUCAUCUGCAGUGUUUGUCAAAAAGAGCUUGCAAGAGAUGCCAAUCACAAUCAAUGAGUUACGAGAACAUAUGGAAAAUAUACCACACUCACAUCUAGCUGAUCGUUUGAUGCGUUUUGGCACAACACUAAGGGGUACAAGGUCUUAUUGGGCAAAAUGUCGAGCUGAAUUAUUUGACCUCUUGCAUCAAAUUGGUACACCAACAAUUUUCUUUACUUUGAGUGCAGCAGAUAUGUACUGGCCAGAUUUGCAUGCAUUAAUGCCAGGGACACAACCAACUAAUCCACAAGAAGCACAAAAAUGGAGGCGUCAAAAUAUUAUUGACUACCCACAUAUUGUGGCAUAUUACAUGCACCUACGCUAUACAAUGUUUAGAAAGGAAAUACUGCAAAAGGGAAUGAAGGCAAAAGAUUAUUGGUCAAGAUAUGAAUGGCAACAUAGAGGAUCACCACAUGUGCAUGGAUUCAUAUGGUUAGAGGAAGCACCUAACAUAGACAAUCUUGAUUGGAAAAAUCAUGAUGAAGUAAAACAUGCUAAAAAAUACUUUGAUUCUAUUAUCCACGCAUGGAAUCCACGAGGGGAUCCACAUCAACGAAACAUACAGGUCUUACAAAAUUUUACACAACAUCCAUGCCUUCGAAAUACACAACAACUAAACCAAAUUGACUUAGCACGUGACUAUGAAGAGUUGCUCAAUUGUGUUGAACGCCAUACAAUGUACAAUGCACCAUGGCCAUUACACCUAGAUGGAUCAAAAUUAUUUGAAGACCCAGCCACAGGAGAUAAAGUGUAUGAACCUGCAAGAAAUGAUGAUAGAGUAAACACGCAUAAUCGUAACAUACUUCAGUUAUGGAGAGCAAAUGUAGAUUGGCAACCAGUUCUUUCAAGACAUGCUGUAAUGAAUUAUAUUGCAAAGUAUGCGGCAAAAGCAGAAAAGAGUUCAGAAAGUUAUCAUCAAAUGUUAAUGCGACUUGCAAAUAUAGAAAAUCCUGAUGAAGCAGCAUCAAGGGCAUAUAGGAGACUUCUAACAGAAACACUCAUUGAGAGGGACAUUGGAGCACAAGAAACAUGUCAUAUGUUACUAGAGUUACCAUUGGUAGAAAGUAGUAGAGUUUUUGUUACUUUAAAUGUUUCAAGAGAGGUGUUCAAGCCAGUAAUAACAAAUGAAGAAAAUGAUGAUGAAUGUCACCUAAAACAUUUCAUUGAAGGAUACAUGGAUAGACCAUAUGCAAUGGAAAGUGUCACACUUAUAGAUGCAGCUAGAUCAUGGACUUAUAAUUCCAAGAGAAAAAGAGAUAACAAAUGGGAAGCAAGGACUAUAGCAGCUAUUGUGAGGGUGUUUCCAAGAUUUACCACCGUACCUACACGUCAAUCAGAAAAAUGGGUUGAUUUUUGUUGGUCAGAGUUAUUGUUGUACAAGCCAUUUCAAAUAGAUAUGUUGGGAAGAAGAGAUAUUGAUAAACAAAAUCCAUGGAGUGCAGAAUAUCAAGGAGAUGAUUACACAAAUAUAGCAAUAAAUUUUAUCAACACUAUGAAAGAGAAUGGCUUAUUAAUACCUGAUGAUAUGAUGUCAAGUAUAUCAUAUGGAACUUUAGGUGCUAAGCAAAAAAAAAGCACUUGA